AUGGAGACAAAACGGUUGAAAGUUACGAACAGAAAACAGUUCGAGUGCUUAGUGAAGCAUAUGGAGAAGCAACCUGCAGUGGCUAAGGGUCAAAAAUUUGCAGAGGCAGCUUGUUUUUCAAAGGCCAAGUAUAAUGAGGUGUGGAACCGCAUAAGCAGGGAGCUAAACAGCCUCGGUCCACCGACUCGUUCAAUGAUGGAGUGGCAAAAGGUAUGGACAGAUUUUAAGCUUAAAACGAAACGCAAACUGUCCCACAACCGCAUUGAAUCGCGAGCCACAGGAGGAGGAAAAAAUAAAAUGAUGCAGUUCUCAUCUUGUGAGGAGUCGGUGAUCGCUCUUUUGUCAUUAGAUACUGCUGUGAACACUACAGGCAGCGUAUAUGGCCUUGAACCGAUUGCGAGCACAUCGACGUCUUUGGGAGGACCUACGGAACAGAGCACUGUAUCACCUGAAUCAUCCGAUGAAGAAAAUCUUCCGGUAGUCAACGACCACGAUCGAGAGUUUGCAUCUCAUCCGAAUGAAAAUGUGAUGAUUGAAGAGGAAAUCGGCGAAGACAUCCAGACGCAGGAAACAAUAACGCAACGUCGCGAACAUAGGACGGAUAAGCGAGAAGGAUUUUUGAAGGCGCAGACGGAAUACUUAAAGGAUAUUAAAGACAAUGUUAAGGAUAUAGCCAGAUAUUCCAGAAAAUGUUAUUAUUUGGAGGAGAAGCGAUUGAAGCUGGAAAAAGAAAGAAAUUUAAUGAAAGAAAAGCAGCACGCGGAGUACAUCCAGUACAAAAUGGCUGUGCUCGACUAUAAAAAGAGGAAAUUAGAGUUGAUGGAACAAGCGAACAUUUGA